AUGUCGCUAACAAGGCCUGCAAACUACGCGUAUUAUAAUCCUCAGCUACCACCUGCAUAUAUUCAGAGUUUAGAGAAGUGCGUAGAGAAGUUGCAGAAUAGCAGUUUAUUGCUUCAAACCUCAGUUAAAAAAUUGGAAUACGAUGCACGCGAAUUCUCUCGAUUGAACCAAGUGUUUCGAUGCGAAAGGUAUUAUGAGUUAGUGACAGAUAAGGAUAUAGGCGAGGCUCAGAAAGCAUUGGCUGCAGAAAUAGCCCCCGAGGUGUCCCGUUUAAUAGCUCAAGUUGAAGAGGAGCUGACAGUUUUGGAAAUCAAAGAGAAAAAGCUUCAACUUGAGGUUGAUGAACGUGAAGCUGAGCUCGAAUCAUCCAAACUACCUCCAUCAUCCUCUUUAUCUGCUUCCAAAAGCCAACCUAAUGUGCAUCCCAACUCUCAACCAGCACAGUUGAAGAAGAAACUUAAAACUUUGAAGAUGAAGAAAGAGAGAUUGGCCCAAUUUGUAGACAACUUGGUUGAGGACAUUGCGAGAAAGGAGGCUGAAUUGCACCAACGGACGAGAUCGACUAUAGAAGUUCCAGCCAUGUCGCUAACCCAGCAGCAGAUAGAAUCUGUUGAGAAACAAAUAGACCAGCUUCAAUCUCAUACCGAUGAACGUCGUCAAGUAUUGCAAGAGAAACAGUUAUCGUUUGACAAGCUGCAAGAACCAGCAGAACCUACAACUAAUGACGAUGGUACUCUUUAUGCUGACAAGAGAUGGAAAGAGUACGAAAAACAAUUGGAGUUCUUUAAAAAUAACCGUGAAGGAGGGAAACGCGUUCUUUCUGCGCAAUCUGACUUGAUUAAAGAUUUUGAAUCUGCCUGCAAUAUUUAUCUAAAGGCAGUAAAGAAAGACCAAACAGAGACAGCAUCUCUAGUCCAAAAUCUAAACCGAACUCGCGCUCGCAGUCUCCAAAAUACCCAACUUCUCACCAAAGCUCUCUUUCCUAUUGAUAAUCUUGGUUCAACCAUUUACCGAAUGAUCCAACUACUUCUUGACUCUGAUAAAAAGGAAAUCUCAGUGAAAUCACUUAUUACAGAAUUCCCCCCAGGGCAAGAAAGGAAGCAUAGGUUACAUUGUGCCAUCAGCACGUUGAAUGAGUUUUCGAUUUGUGAGACAUUGGCUGUGUGUAAGGGCGAUGGUGAGAACGUGAAUGGUGACGAAAAGGAAGAGAUCAUUUUGAAGAUCACAUUCAGGGACAUGGAAGGGUAA